GGUUUUAGGAGUGAGGGUUCGGUGUAAAAUCAGGAGCCUCUGCGAGAAUUUGCAGAGAGGUGGAGAGAGAAAAAGGACGAGAUAGGUAGAGGUAGAGAGAGAAGAGAAGCUACGCUCAAAACAGACUUGACAUUCUAACCAGAAAACAGGGAGCGGCAUUCCCCCCCUCAACGCUACCAUCUCUCUCUCUAAAUCAGGGAGCAGUACCCCCCUCAACGCCACUUCUCUCUCUCUCUCUCUGAUCCCCUACGCAAUGGGCCCCGGCCCUCACUUUCCAUUUCACCUUCUUCUGCGUCUCUCUCUUCAUCGAAACUGAAUGGCAUCAUCAUUCCCUCUCUUUCUAACCCCCACCCUCCCACUCUCUCUCCUCCUCUUACUCUCUCUCCUCCCCCCAUCUCUCCAGCAACCCUCUCCCCCCUCUCGCUCUCCUCCGCCCCCGGUCGACGACUGCCGCUCCAUCCUCCUGCAGCCUCCCUCCUCCCGCUGCUCCUUCGCCCGCUCCCACUGCCACCGCUCCUCCUCUCUCUUCAACUACUUCACCCUCCACUUCUGUGCCCUCAAUGAAAACCUCUCUCUUUCUAUCCCUCUUCUCGCCUCUCUCGUUUUCUUCCACUUCUACUUUCUCAUCAAGACUGCAACCCUCCACUUCUCGGCUUUGGUCACAAGGAUGUCGUCCAUGCUCCGCCUAUCGCCGAGCAUGGGGGGCGUCACACUCCUCGCCCUUGGGAAUGGCGCCCCCGAUGUGUUCGCUUCCAUGGCGGCAUGGCGCUCGGGGCAGGCCAGGACUGGGCUCGGGGCCACACUUAGUGCGGGCAUGUUCGUGUCUGGGUUUGUGGUGGGUGUGGUGGCGUUGUACUCUGCGCCUUUCGAGUUGAAGCCCUUCCCUUUUGUGAGGGAUGUGUUCUUUUACAUGGCGGCAGCCACUGCACUCUUCUUUGUUUACCUGACCGGGAGUGUGUCGCUGUGGCAGGCAACGGGGUUUGUGUUGUUUUACUUUGUGUUUGUGGGGUUUGUAUUUUGGAUGGACAGGCGUGUUGCAGGUGAGGAAGAGGAGGGGAAUGGGGGAUUUGGUGGUGGUGGUGAAGUUGAGGAUGAGCGGAUGGAAUGUGGGUUGCCUAAAAGAGUCAAUAAAUUAUUUGAUAGGGAGCGUGAUUUUGUGAUUCGUAGUGGUGGGGAAAUUGGGGAUCCGGAGAUGUGUUCCAUGCUUUCUGCAAUUCUGAGUAAGGUCUCGAACUUGUGGGAGGUCCCAGUCUCCACCCUCCUUCGUCUCACUAUCCCCUCGAGCGAGCCCUCUGAAUGGAGUCGGUUCUACACCUCUGCCAACGUUGCCCUCUGUCCCCUCGUCCUUCUCUACGCAUGCAACUCUUUGAUCCCCCUUGGCUACCCCAUCAUCCUCGCCCUCCCCCUGUGGUCUCUUGUUCUCCUCCAAUCCCUCUCUCUCGCCCUUGCCCACUAUACCAUUUUCUCCAAACCCCCCCAAAACACUCCAAAAGCUGCAGUUCUCAUCGCCUUUCUCAUGAGCAUCUUUUGGAUCUCUCUUGCUGCUGGUGAGCUCCUCGAUUGCUUGCAAGCCAUCGGGAUUGUUUUGAAGAUUUCUCCUUCUUUGCUUGGGCUUACUGUCCUGGCUUGGGGGAACUCAGUCGGUGACCUGGUAGCUGAUGUAGCGGUGGCGAGGGCGGGCCAGCCUGCCAUGGCGGUGGCCGGGUGCUUUGCAGGCCCCAUGUUUAAUAUGCUGAUAGGACUUGGUGGGGCCCUCACAGCACAUGCAGUGGAUGUGUACCCUGAGGAGUGUGAGCUCAAGUUCCAUGCGAGCAUUGCGGUGGCAUUUGUGUUUUUGUUCAUUAGUUUGUUAGGUUCAAUACUUGUGGUUACGUGGUUCAGGUUCUGGGUGCCCAGGUUCUGGGGGUUCUGCCUGGUUGGGCUCUAUGUUGCAUUUGUUGUCGUGAGUCUGGUUAUUGCGAGAUUUUUUGAAUGAGAGUCGGGGAGUUGCUUGUUUCUCUCCGUGUAAAUUGUUUCUUUUUCUUUUCUUUCAAUUUGUCUGAUUCAUUGCAGGCUCAAGCUAUUUGUCUGAGACAAAUUAAUUUAAUGAUGGGAUAAAUUAGAGUUUCCUUCC